AUGGCAUGGCGACUGUCGCUGUCGACUUCCGCCAGCCCGCGCCGGCUGUUGCUCGCCCGUUGCCCCUCGCCGUUCUUCCUCGCGUCUGCGCUUCUACUAGUAGUCCUCGUGCUUUCGCCGCACGCCGGCCCCAGUGCGGCGGAGGGGCAACGGACGUUUCGCGAACAUGGCGACUUGUCCAAGUCGCACGGGUCGCACGGUGAACGGAACGGGCGUCGCGUCAGCCUCGCUGAGACUGUUUCUCCGCGCGCAUCCGCCGCCGGGGCGGUUCUUGCGGACACUCAGCUGCAAGCACUGGUGGAGCUGAACGCGGCAUGGCAGGUGUGGGAGGGGAGGGGCAAUGCGUCGCGGGGCUGCAGCGAGUGGGAGUACAUAUCGUGCAACCAGGAAGGCUUCAUCACAUCCCUUGACUUGUCAGAGUACGCUAUGCUCAAUGCCACCAUGCCGCUCACCAUCUUCUCUCGCAUGCCCUACCUGCGACGCCUUGUGCUCGCCAGCAACAUCUUUCUCCAAGGCUCCAUCACCCAACUCGCUCUCCCCACCUCCCUCCGCAUGCUGGACCUUGCGUGGACAUCGGUGACUGGUUCCCUGCCAUCUGCCAUCCUCUCUCUCCCAGCUCUCUCACACCUAGAUGUUUACAUGACCACAGUCUCCGGAAGCCUACCAUCCACACUCGGCCGUCUGACUGGACUCACAUACCUAAAUAUCGGUGCAGAGAACAUUACUGGCCGUGUGGAGGGCCUCUCAUGGCUCUCAAGCCUCACCAAUCUACACACGCUUGUGAUGUAUCGCAUGCUCAGUGUGGAGGGAGAUUUGUCAGCGCUCACCUUCCUCACUGCCCUCACAGCCAUGCAAAGCCUCACCAUCGCGCGGGUCCCUUGUGCCGGCGAGCUACCUGCUUUGUUGGGCACCCUGACUGCUCUCACCCACCUGGACGUAAGCGGUCUGCGAACGACCGUGUUUCCUCGAUGGUCCUUGGACUUGACAAAUUUGCGAUAUCUCGACGCGGCUCAUUAUGCCAAGCUGCGCACUGGAGUGAUGCCACAAGACCUCUCGCGCCUGGCACACCUCGAGCACUUUGAUGCAUCAGGCAAUGGGCUGAGUGGAGCACUUCCCGACUACUGGACCUCCUUGAAGCAUCUUACCUACCUAUCGCUUAGCUAUAACAAGAUUGAAGGCUCCAUUCCGUCAACGUUUUCUGGCCUAACGACAUUGAGCACACUGAUCUUAACUUUCAACAGUAUGGACGGCACUAUCCCGCCCGUUUUCUACACGACUCUCAACUACAUUGACGUUGCAAGAAACAGCUUCUCUGGAGUCAUUCCUCCCUUCAUUGGUACCCUCUCUGCCCUCUCAACUCUGAACUUCGAUCAUAACAACUUCACGGGGAAUGUACCUUCUUCCUUCACGAACCUCAUCAAUCUGCAAGAAUGGGCGCCCUAUUUUAACCAGCUAACUUCGGGGCUUGAUGUCAUCGGCAAAAUGACAUGGCUGGUCUCAUUGGAAAUUUCAUACAACAUGUUUUCGAGUGGUUUAUCGAGUCUGGUAUCUCUGCCUUCACUUUCGAUGUUGGGUCUCGGUGCCAACAAAUUCACAGGACCAUUCCCUUCUGUUCUUCUGGCCCUCACCGGACUUGCAUCAUUAGACAUUGGUCGGAACGCGUUUGAGGGAACGAUUCCCCGUGAGAUAUCACGACUGACAAACAUGAUGUAUCUGACACUUGGUCCAAAUAACUUCCACGGUGAAGCCCCCUUGGCACUCUACUCACUCCCACUAGUCGAACUGAAUCUGGAGUACAACAAUCUGAGUGGCAGUCUACCCAGGAGAUUGUCUACUGCGGGUCUGAGCCUCUUGAACAUUCAAGGCAAUCAGCUAUCGGGCCCCCUUCCUGAUUUUGCUCAAUGGACCACGUCAAUAGACAGGCUGCUUCUAGGCGAGAACCGCUUCACAGGGUCCAUUGGGGAGUCCAUCAGUGUGCUUACGUCUGUAUCUGUCAUUUCCUUGCGCAACAACCAGCUCUCAGGGACCAUCCCGUCAGCUCUGCUCCCUGCUGUACCAAACCUUCAAGCCAUAGACCUGUCUUCCAACAACAUCUCGGGGUCGUUGCCUUCUACCCUGGGGGCUCUCUCCAAACUCUUUGUCUUGUUGGUGCAUGACAACCAGCUCACGGGCAAGCUACCGCCCUCCAUUUGCAACCUCACACAGAUGCAUACCAUGUUCCUCCAUAACAACCGCUUCUACGGAGAGUUCCCCUCGUGUCUUUAUCAGCACUGCUUGCACCGCAUUGACAUCAGCAACAACAGCUUCUACGGCCCAAUGCACACCAACUUCCGCGGCAUGAUUCCCAACAGGGGUGCGCUGCUCAAUAUUGCAGUCAACUACUUCUACGGUCAGCCCAUACUCUUCGCCGACGGCUGCCAGUUCUGCCCCUCGGAAAUCAACCAAACCCGUGCGUUGGAUUUGGUUAGCCUCACAAAUGGUGGAAGUGGCCGCUGUGCACUCAAUGAUUUUACAACUCUUGUCUUUGAACGCUCAGCUGCCAACAAGCAAGGCCAAGCGAGCCUUCGGGACAACUGCUUCAGUGUGGGCGAGCAGCAGAGCUGCACGGCGAAUGAGACACAGCGCAGCGCUGCGGAGUGCCGUGGCUUCUGCAGCCUGUCGGAGGAUCUGGGGACAUGCGACGGGCACGGGGCAUGUGUGCCGGUGCAGGCAACGGGGCCGGGGGAGGUGGGGUUCGUGUGUGAGUGCGAGGAGGGGUACGUGGCGGUCAAUGGCAGCUCUGGUCCCACGUGUGCUCGCCCGCCCCUGCCCCCGUCCUCAUCGCUCUCCACCGGCGCACUGGUGGGCAUCGCCGUGGGCUCUGCUGCUGCUCUUGCCCUCCUCCUCGCUCUCGUCGUCGUCGUGAUCUGGCCCAAACAGCGCAGGAGGUGGGCCGGCCUGGACGUGUGUAGGGAGUUCAGCAUGGCAGACAUCCUACGUGCCACGGACAACUGGGCGAGCGCCAACGUGGUGGGGAAGGGGGGCUUUGCCACGGUUUACAAGGGCGUGGCACCCACUGGCGAGCUGUGGGCCGUCAAGCGCAUUAGCCUCAUGUCCAACGACUUCGAGAACGAGGUGCGGGCGAUGGCGUCGUUGCGGCAUGAGAACGUGGUGCGGCUGCUGGGCUUCUGCCUGCACCAGAGCGUGGAGAGCGGGCGGCAGGAGCAGGUGUUGGUGUACGACCAGGCCAAGAUCGCCGACUUUGGGCUGCUCAAGCUGCUUAGUCACGCUGACGGGGGCGACGAGCGCACGCGCGUGGCAGGCACGCCGGGGUACCUGGAUCCGGACUACAACCGCACGCACGUGGUGUCGGAGAAGAGCGACGCCUACAGGUGCACCCGCUGCACUGGUCUAGCCAACCAAUACCCUUGUCUUGCUACUGCUUUUGGCAUCACCUUCAUCCCCUCGCCUGCUCUGGCUGUGCAGCUUCGGGGUGGUGCUGCUGGAGCUGCUGACAAGGCGCAAGGCAGCAGUGGAGGGCACCGACAGCCACAUCAGCGACUGGUUAAUCCUCCCUCAUUUCCCUCUUCGUCCAUGCUGCAGGCAGCGCAGAAGGUCCAGCAGUACGAGCUGGGAGUGCUCAAGGACCCCACGCUGGAAGCGCCAGAUGAAGCCAUCGUUGGUUUCGCAGACGUGGCGCUGGACUGCCUCAAGAUGCCCGCCUCCCGCCGCCCCUCCAUGCGCGAUGUUGCCCGCCGCCUGCACGGCCUGCUCGCCCAGUACUGUGCUGAUGACGGCCCCGAUGAUUCCCAAGCCAGCCCGCGUGUGGAGAGGGAGAGGGCGUUCGUUGGUGGUGGUGGUGGGGAGAACAGCACCACGGGGUUGUUUGAUAGCAGCUUGUGGUCCGAGGGGCCGAUCGAGUGA